GUGAUGAGCUCUCUUCUCGCGAGAAUACACUCUGGCCCCGCAAAAAUGGAGGGCGGAGGAGGAAACGGUGGUGGGCUAGCUGUAAACAAUAAACAGAGAGCUAUGGUGCCAAAUAAGAGUAGGGGAGAAUUCACUCGUAACCAGAGAAAGGAUUCAGAGGGCCUGUCUGAGUCUCCAGAUCUCGAGUUUGAAUAUGCUGAUACAGACAAGUGGGCUGCAGAGCUGUCAGAGCUGUACAGUUAUACUGAAGGGCCAGAGUUCUCCUUCAAUAGAAAAUGUUUCGAGGAGGAAUUCAGAACACAUGUGUGUGAUAGGAAGUGGACAGAGCUUGAUGCACCUCAUCACAGGGCCCAUGCCAUGCGGCUGCUGGACGGACUGGAGGUGACUGCUCGCGAGAAGAGGCUGAAGGUUGCUAGAGCCAUUCUGUACAUGGUGCAAGGAACCUUUGGCGAGUGCAGUUCUGAGGCCGAAGUGCAGCAUUGGAUGAGAUACAACACCUUCCUGCUGCUAGAAGUUGGGACUUUUUCUGCUCUGGUGGAACUGCUCAACAUGGAAAUUGACAACAGUGCCGCCUGUAGCAGCGCUGUCAGAAAACCAGCUAUCUCUCUCGCUGAUAGCACAGAUCUCAGGGUGCUGCUCAACAUCAUGUACCUGAUGGUAGAAACCAUACAACAGGACGACCCAGCUGACAUGGCUGAAUGGAGAGUUAUCAGGGAAACGUUUAGAGCGGAACUGGGUUCUCCUCUGUACAACAACGAGCCCAUCGCAGUCAUGCUGUUUGGGAUGGUUACCAAGUUUUGCAGUGGCCACGCGCCCCACUUCCCUAUGAAAAAGGUCCUACUGCUGUUGUGGAAGAGCAUACUGUUCACACUCGGAGGGUUUGAGCAGCUCCAAACCAUAAAGGUCCAGAAGCGGGAGAAGCUGGAUCUUCCCCCUCUGCCGGAGGACAGCAUUCGGGUCAUACGGAGUAUGAGGGCCGCUUCCCCUCCCGCCUCUGCCUCUGACCUCAUAGAACAGCAACAAAAACGGGCGCGGCGUGAACACAAGGCACUGAUUAAACAGGACAACCUGGAUGCAUUCAACGAAAAGGACCCUUACAAGGCGGACGACUCCCGCGAGGAUGAGGACGACAACGACGACAAUGACAACUCAAUAGAGGCAGAGACUUUCCCAUUGGAAAGGGAUGAGGUCAUGCCUCCGCCUAUUCCCCAUCCUCCAUCAGAGAGGGUGUCCUUCCCCAAAGGACUGCCAUGGGCCCCUAAAGUCAGGGAAAAGGACAUUGAAAAUUUCCUGGAGUCCAGUAGAAGUAAAUUUAUAGGAUACACACUUGGAAGUGACACAGACACGGUUGUUGGCUUACCCAGACCUAUUCACGAGAGCAUCAAGACACUUAAGCAGCAUAAAUACGUCUCCAUAGCUGAGCUUCAGAUUGUAAAGGAGGAAGAGUUUCAGAAAACCCCUCUGUCGGGGGGAGAAGAGGAAGUGGAGAUGUGUGCCACUGAGCUGCUUUAUCAGGGAAUCCUACCCACAUUACCUCAGUACAUGAUCGCUCUGUUAAAGAUUCUGCUAGCGGCUGCUCCAACCUCCAAAGCCAAAACAGAUUCCAUCAACAUCCUGGCAGAUGUUCUGCCGGAGGAGAUGCCGACCACUGUGUUACAAAGCAUGAAACUCGGUGUUGACGUCAAUCGACACAAAGAGAUCAUAGUGAAGGCCAUCUCUGCCAUCCUGAUGUUGCUCCUCAAACACUUCAAACUUAACCACAUCUACCAGUUUGAGUACAUGGCUCAACACCUGGUGUUUGCCAAUUGCAUCCCCCUCAUUUUGAAGUUCUUCAAUCAGAACAUCAUGUCUUAUAUCACGGCUAAGAACAGCAUCUCAGUGCUGGACUUUCCAUACUGCGUGGUCCACGAGCUCCCUGAAUUAACAGCGGAGAGUUUGGAAGCUGGAGACAACAACCAGUUUUGUUGGAGAAACCUGUUUUCCUGCAUUAACUUGCUGAGGAUCCUCAAUAAACUGACCAAGUGGAAGCACUCAAGAACGAUGAUGCUGGUAGUGUUCAAGUCUGCUCCCAUCCUGAAGAGGGCGCUAAAGGUGAAGCAGGCCAUGAUGCAGCUCUACGUCCUCAAGCUGCUCAAAGUGCAGACCAAAUAUCUUGGGCGCCAGUGGCGGAAGAGCAACAUGAAGACCAUGUCGGCUAUAUACCAGAAGGUCCGACAUCGGCUAAACGAUGACUGGGCCUACGGAAACGAUCUGGACGCUCGUCCCUGGGAUUUUCAGGCCGAGGAGUGCGCCCUGCGUGCCAACAUCGAACGCUUCAAUAGUCGCCGCUAUGACAAGAAUCAGAGCAACCCGGACUUCCUUCCUGUGGACAACUGUCUGCAAAGCGUCUUGGGGCAGCGGGUGGACCUGCCCGAAGACUUCCAAAUGAAUUAUGACCUCUGGCUGGAACGAGAGGUCUUCUCCAAACCCAUUUCUUGGGAGGAGCUGCUGCAGUGAGAAAUGAUCAACAUCCUCGUUUUAUCGAGGAUCAGACCCUUUUGACCGUGGCGUUCAGGUAACCCAGCAUCAGAUCACUCGUUGAAUUUGGUCACAAGUUCCCGACUGAGUGAAGAUGGAAAGUUUUUGUCCUUCAGUCAUCAGUUUAGUCGCCAACAAAUUAUUUAAUGUAAUUCCUUGAAGAGUUAGUAUUAUGUGAUUAUAAUCUGUUUAAUAGAAACAAUUUAUUUUGCAUUUAGGUUCUGUGAGAUGCCACCACUGAUGCAAGUGUACAAAAGCAGCUCCUUCUGUGGACACUUACUUUUAUAGCUACUCUCCCCUGUGACCAUGUCUCACUACAUCACUACCCAUUUUAAAUACAUUUAUGUUGAAUAAAUACAAGUUUUAACUGUAUAACUCAGGCCAGGGAGUGCAGACUGUUUUUAGACGUUUUACAACAUUUUAAUAAAUGUAACAUACCGUGUUCAUCAUAGGAGCUUUCAUUUUAUCAGACUGAUAAAGCGAUUUUUUUUUUCAAGCAUGUUCCAUUACACAAAUAAAAUGUAUUUCAGUUAUUGCCUAAAGGGGCGGAAGUAUGUUUACAAAUAUCUUUCAUAUUAUUUGCAUUUCUUACAGUUCUUGUAUCUUAUGUUUGCCCCACGGAUAUAGAGGCAAUCACAGGCUGAAAGGAAUUAACAGAUGCAGCCUAAUUGAAAUGUGCUUUGUUUUGCAGAAAAAUAUCUUGCACAUUUCCACUAACUUUCUAUAUACAGUUGAAUAUGAUUUUAAAAGUAAAGUAUAUUAUUUUUCGGUUUGUUGCAUCACUUUAAGAAACAAAUAUAUGAAAAAAAAAUCUCCAGGUCAAACAUUUUUCUCUAUCUGCUUGUGGUCUGUUUUUAUUGUUUUGCUAUAAAUGUGGAAAAAUGGAACAUCACAGUUUGACUUCACAUAGACCUCAAUAUUCUAAAAUCAUACUGUAAAUCCUGCAGCAUAUUUCCUACUAUUUACAAGCCAAUAAAUAUUGGAGUAAUGUUAUCUUUUGGUUGCAUUUACUUUACGAAACUAAUGGCUACUACUGUAUAAACUAAAGUAUAUACAGUGCUGUAAAGUGACAGAAUGUGUAUUAGUGUUUUCAGUUAUAGAAAACCCAAGCAUAUUGUCCCGAGUAAAGGAAUCAAAUGUGUAACAUGGCUUGAUUUUCAAUCAUUGAGAGACCAUGGCCAAAAGGACCAAAGUUUAACUUGUUUAACUCAACAAUGUAAAUGCAAAACCUUGCUAAGAUUGAAACGUUUUAUACUACAUUGUACUCUGAUAUUAUUGUUAUUGGUAUCUAUUCUGUUAUACUGUUCUACUCUGAAUCAAACCCAUGGCUCGUUUAAAUCCGGAAGCUACAUGACAUGAAUCUGUUGUGCAAUCGAGGAAAUGUAAGUGAGCCCUCGUCUCUCAUUACUCAAGAACCACACAUCCUUCUUGGCUCUUUUACCACUAACUUCCGAUGUUAAAUCUGCAGGAUGUCCUCGGGAACCCUUCAAUUUUUGCAUGCAGUGGUCCACCUGUCAGCUGAGCAGUGCCCCGCCCCAACCAUGCUAAUGGAGAACGCAGCUCAGCAGGUAGUUCCCAUUGUGCGAGUGCUCGUUGAUGUCAUCGCCAUUCGGGGGCGGUCAUCGCCAUUCGGGGGCGGUUUUGCAUUACAGUAGAAAUUGAAAUACAACACUGUACACCAAUCUUAGUAAAUGUACAAUGUACAGUGGAAUCCCGCUAUUCAUCGGGUAUAGGUACUGGGCCGGACCGUGAAUAGUGAAAAUGUGCGGAUAAUUGACGACCAUUAUAAUUUCAUUGGAAAAAAAACUUUAUUUUUUUAUUUUUAUUUUUUUUAAACUCCAAAAAAUAUUGAUUAAGCGCAGACAAACCACCAUUAAGCUUUUUCAGGGUUGGUUCCUCCCAAAAAAAAGAAAAAGAAAAAAAUUGUGGGGGGGGGAAAAAUCAGCGAAUAGUUAAUCCACAGGUGCCGAACCACAAGUGUGCAGGGGUCCACUGUAUUGUAACCAAGUUCCCGUAUCCUUUUGCAUGGGCAUGUGCACUUUCUAGAUUCACUAAAAAACAUGGUUAAGAUUUUAAAGUCACCUAUUAUUUCAUGAUGAUCAGUAUUUAUUCUUCCACUUUGCUGCGACUUGGCAUCGUCUGACAUUCGUAGGGCUGUGUGGAGUUUGCAUGUUCCUGUGUGGGUUUUUCUGCGGGUACUCCGGUCACAUCCCACAUUUCAAAAACAUGGAUAGUAGGGUAAUUGAAGACUCAAUUGUCCGUUGGUGUGAAUGUGACUAUGAAUGCUUAUUUGUCUUCACAGUGCCAUGAAAGGUUUUGGCCCCCUUUGUUUAAGAUCAUCAAACAAAUGGAAAUAUCAGACAAAUAUAACCCAAGUGAACUUAAAAUGCUCUUUUUAAAUGGUGAUUUAAUGGGAAAAAAACUAAAGUUACCUAGCUCUGUGUGAAAAAGUGAUAUCCUCCUAAACCUAAUAACUGGUUGGGCCAUCCUCAGCUGCAACAACUGAAAUCAAGUGUUUUCUAAUACUGGCAAUACUGGCAAUUUCUUCCUUUUUUGAUAUGAUGUUCUUUUUCUGAAAUGCUGUGCUAUAUUCAGAUGUUUUUUUGUGUGCAAAAGUAAGACUAGCCUUUAUGUUCCUUUUGGUCAGCAGUGGUUUUCACCUUAGAACUCUGCCAUGGAUACCAUUUUUGCUCAGUCUAACUCAUUGUUGUGUCAUGAACACUGACCUUAACUGUGCCAAGGUAGGCCUGCAGUUGUUUAGAAGUUGUCCUGAAUUCCUUUGUGGUCUUCUGGAUGUGUCAUUCCUGUUCUCUUAGGGUAAUUUUUAUAGGCUGGCCACUCCUGGGAAGGUUCACCACUGUACCAUGUUUUCUCCAUGUGAGGAUAACGGCGCUCCCUAUGGUUCGCAGGAAUUCUAAAGCUUUAGAAAUGACUUUUGUAACCCUUUCGGGACUGACAGAUGUCAAUUACUUUAUUUCUCUGCGGUUCUUGAAUUUCUUUGGAUCGUGCCAUUUUGUUGCAGCUUUUUUUAGAUCCUUUGUCCGACUUGAUUUUGUCGGGACAGAUUCUGUUCAAGUGAUUUAUUGAUUGAACUGGUCUGGAGGUAAUCAGGCUUGGGUGUGAUCAGUGAAAAUUCACCAAAGAUUGUAAUUAGUCACAAUUAAUUAAUGAUUUAACAAGGAGGGUAAUUACUUUUUCACACAAGGCCAGGUAACUGAGUAGUUUUUUUUUUCCAUAAUAAAUGAAAUCAUUUAAAAACAGCAUUUUAAAUUCACUUGUGUUAUAUUUGUCUGGUACUAAUUUUUUAUUUGUUUGAUAAACAUUAAAGUGGGGAAACUAUGCAAAAAUAUAAGAAUUUGAGAAGAGGGCCAAAACUUUUUCACGGCACUGUAUGUGCUCUGCGAUUGGCUUAUAGCACUAUGAAAACAUGCCUCAGUCCGAGUGACUGAUAACUUUCGCUCUUUGUUAGUCAGUCGCUUGGUCGCUCACCCACUCAUUCACAACCUCUCUAUUUGGCACAAAAUGCUGCAGCUCACCUUUUCACUGGAGCACUUAAGAGAAAGCACAUAACUCCUAUUCCGGCCUCCCUCCCCCGGUUGCCCGUACAUUGUAGAAUUCUUUUCAAGAUUCUUUUAUCUGUUUUUAAAUAUAUAAAUGGUCUCGCCCCACCUUACCUCUCUGAGCUGCUCCAUCCCUACCCUCCAACCUGGUGCAUCAGGUCAUCUGACCAGCUACUUCUGGAGGUACUGAGGUCUAGGAGGAAGCUCAGAGCCAAUAGAGCUUUUACUGCAAGUUGUCAAACCAGAGUGGAAUUCCUUUGAGUUUGUCAUCCUCAUCUGUUUACCAAGUGACAUUCUCAUGUCUUCUGACAAAUAAAUAUGCGCUCACCCUGGAUGGAAAUUUUCACAGCCCACGAAGGCCUGGUUCUGUCCAAAGAUCUCAAAGGAGGUAUGGUUGUGUGUACGAAAGCCUUCGACUCAAAACCUGCAGACGUUUCUACACCACUGAGCAGGUAGCGAUUGCCUUCACUUAUAAGGGAAUAACACAAGUAAUCUUGCUUAAGUAGUAAAAAGUACAGACUCUAACUAGCUAUCAAAGUAUAAAGUGAACCAACAUAACAUUAAGUGUUCCUUAAACAAUCUUUGUAUGAUAUUUAUUAGUAGUAAUGUUUUUGUGAAACCAUACUUUCUUUGUACAAUAAUGAUCAUCUUAAUACAAUCAUCACUGGAGAAUGAAAUUACAGUUAUCAGGGAACAUUUCCCCUCUACAGAUGUGCUGAGCUAGAACCUGCAGAGAGAGGGAAUCUAUAUUUGCACAAUGGUCAUUGCACCGGACUAUUGCAAUAUUAGUCAUUCGAACUGCUCAAAGUGCGAGAGGACUCUGCAUCUUUUUGCACAAUUGUUUUUUGUCAAUGUCUUUAUGUCUCCAAAGUGUUCUGUAAAUUGACUGUCUGUUGUACCAGAGCGGCUCCAACUACCGGAGACAAAUUCCUUGUGUGUUUUGGACAUACUUGGCAAAUAAAGAUGAUUCUGAUUCUGA